GUAAACCACUGCCUUGUGUGUGGCAUACGGGUCUUGUUGCUUACGGCCGGGAGUACUAUUUUGGUUCUUCGGGGAUAGAGAGCUGCAGACCGGGUGAAACCAUCUUAGGAGCCCCGGAUCAAAUUGUGCCCCUAGGACAGACAGAGCUACCAUAUUCUCUUUUCCUGGAGUACGUCUUUGGAUUAGGAGAGACCACUUACAAACCUGGAAGCUACCACCUGCUAGAACACAAUAGCAAUUGCUUCAGUUCGGAAGUGUGCCAAUUUCUGACGGGUGGACCUAUCCCCAGUGAGAUAAGGGAAGUGGCCAAAGAAAUUUCGUCGAAUAA